AUGCGAUCACAGGCGGAGCAAAGGUUUCUCGCCCACGCCAUAGCGUCAGGGGUGCGCAUCGACAACCGAGCGCCUGACGCCUUUCGCUCCGUGGUACGAGAGCGCUCUGGCACGUUGUGCGGAGUAGAUGCGUCCUCAUCGUGCCAAAUUGGAGAGGCACAGGUGCUUUGCUUUACUAGAGCCUUGGAUACGCAGAAACAGGAAGAGGAGCCUAAUGAGGCAGAAGCCGAGGUUGAAGCAACCCACACGAAAAUACAAUACAUUCCCACUUCACUGGCCCCUCACAACAGAGAGCGGCUCGCCUACUGCCAGUCUAUUGUUUCCAUGUUGUCACGAAAUACCAUCCUGCCCAAAGGUGUUGUACUAUACCUCUCUCUGCUGGCCUAUGGCCCGAGCUACUGCACUACGGCCUCUAUCGCGGUUGCCGACUGCCUCAGACAGUUAGAUGGCACAUUCGCGCCGCUCAUUUUUGUGGGGGCGUGGAAGCUGGGGGGACGCUGGAUUUGUGAUGCAUCUCUAGUCGAAGAAGAGAGCGCCGAGGCGUCCGUGCUCGCACUGCUGGACAGGGAGGGCCAAGUGCAAGACAUCAGCAAACACGGCAGCUGCCCCAUAACUGUGGCGGACCUCGACGCUGCCCUGGAGAUAUGCCGCGCCGCCGCCCAAGCAUUAUACACUAGCCUCUAUGUCUAA